ACAGAGUCACAGAGACACCACUGAGUACACUCCUCGUUCGGUUUAGUUGAUUGCGAUUGGGUUUUGAGGCUAUAAAAAGGCUCCACUCCGCUCACGAGAGACAGAGAGAGAAGUAACUCAAACCAGGAGCCAGAGGGGCAUCACCUAAACCAGGAGCCAGAGGGGCAUCACCUAAACCAGGAGCCAGAGGGGCAUCACCUAAACCAGGAGCCAGAGGGGCAUCAGCUAAACCAGGAGCCAGAGGGGCAUCAGCUACACCAGGAGCCAGAGGGGCAUCACCUAAACCAGGAGCCAGAGGGGCAUCACCUAAACCAGGAGCCAGAGGGGCAUCAGCUACACCAGGAGCCAGAGGGGCAUCAGCUACACCAGGAGCCAGAGGGGCAUCAGCUACACCAGGAGCCAGAGGGGCAUCAGCUACACCAGGAGCCAGAGGGGCAUCAGCUACACCAGGAGCCAGAGGGGCAUCACCUAAACCAGGAGCCAGAGGGGCAUCACCUAAACCAGGAGCCAGAGGGGCAUCCACCAGUCCCCCCCCACCAGACGGGAUGAAUCCCCGCUGCCCUCUGUCUGUGAGGGUUAUUGGUGUUAUGCAGCACCAGAAGCGGAAGACUUUCCUCACAUCGGUGCUGUGGUCCGACCAAAACGAUGUCAUCGUCUACAGGACCUUUGAAGAGUUCAAGAAGUUGCACAAAACACUGGUACAGAAAUUCCCCGUGGAGGCAGGGCGCAUUAAGAAAUCCGACAGAAUUCUACCCAAGUUUCAAGAUAUUUCGUUGAAGGACAGGAGGCACAGGCGUGUGAGUAAAUCUGUCCUCAGAGUCCAACUGCUGGAGAAAUACUGUUCCAAUUUACUGGACACCAGUGCGAAAAUCUCCCAGUGUCAAGACGUUGUACAGUUCUUCCUGCCCAACAGUCAGGAUCUCAAACCUUCAUUCCCCUCAAACAGUAUUGUUAUCAUGCCUUCUGGAGCCGGGGAGCAGACUGGUGACUUGAACGGUCCGAACAAAACUUCCAUUCAGUCCAUCACCCAGCCUGGAGUUCUGGAGAGCUACAGGUGUAUUGCCUCGUACGAAACCAAAGACACCAAAAACAAAGCGUUUAAGAUCCUGGAAGGUGAAAUAGUCGAUGUAGUAGCCAAGAACCCAUCAGGAUGGUGGCUGGUGGAGAAUGACGAGAAGCAGUUGGCUUGGUUCCCGGCGCCCUAUCUGAAGAAGUGCCUCAAUGCUGCCCCCUCAGUGCUGCCAAAUAACGAUGAAAGAGGGUGUCUAUAUUACGUUGUGACAAGCUAUGAAGCAACAAACGAGAAGGACGAGCUGUCCAUCCAGGAGGGCGUCAUCAUUCAGGUUUUGCAGAAGUCCAAUGACGGCUGGUGGCUUGUCAGGUACGCUGGACAAACUGGCUAUGUCCCCUCUGUGUAUCUCCAGCAGUACAGAAACCCACAUUCAAAAUUCCAGAUGCUCACAAAGGCCAAUAUGUACACCUCCACACCAAACCUCCUCGCCUCUGUGAGCUUUCUGGAGAAUCGGUCAAACGGAGCCCUGAGGAGCCACACGAGUCCAGUUGAUCAGACGCAGGGCGGUAACAAGGAGACAAUGACAUUGACCAGGAAACUGUCAAAGUCAAUCAACUACUUGCCUGACAAUACAACGUACAAUGAGAGCUUCCACAAUUCAAUUGAGUCAGAAAGUGGCUCGGAGAGUAACAGUGAUGACAUUAGCAUGACCACCGUGAGCUCAAGCAAGUCACACUCCUCCGAGGAUGUUAGUUUGUCAGAGAGUUACAGUGCGCGUCCAGCGUCUGACGAUGAACCAGCGAAGAAUAAUUCUGCGCCUGUCCUGUCUGAGAAGAGUUCUGCCACCGUCCCAAAGCCCCAAAUCCCGCCAAGGCCACACACUCAUGAAAUCUUAACCAAAUGUUCGACCGUCACUAAAAACAUAAUCCUGAAAGCUCAAAACAAAAAGCCUCCACUUUAACCUGAUGGUGGGGAAUACAAUCCGCAAAGAGCGCUGAAAAGAUUGGUGGGAAAAAGUUUAACAAACCAUUAAGUAAACAUUUUUGCUAAGUUGUGUUGCAGUUACAAUUUUAAAAGGUUUUAAAAGGUUUUAAAAGCCAAUACAUUAUGUUAAACGUGUCAGAUGUUGAGUUUUAGCUUUUGUUACAUUAACUGACGUAAUUACUGUGCAGCAAGGAAUCUUGAAACACCCGUAGAACAAAGA